AUGUAAGGCUAUUAUUAAUCAAGAGGACCUGUUUAAUAAUAACAAAUUUAUGAAUAAUAAUCAUUUAAGGAGGAGUAAGCUUUAAUUCAAUACUAUGUAUAUCAAGACCUCUAAAAUUUUAUAAAUCUAUUGUACUCUAUGAAAGCAAUUUAAUAGUAUUUUGCAAAUGAACCUAAUCAUCCAGCAAUAACUUUAAGCAUAAAUAAAGUGAUUUUACAAUUAAAUAUUUCAAAUUCAAUCCAUUAUGAUUUAGAUAAAGAACAUAAGGGUAUUUAAGCUUAACAUUGUAUUAUUGAAGAAAGAUAUAAAGUCUAAAAUAUGCUCAAGAGUUUCUAUAAUGAAUUUGGAUAGGGAUAAUAAUAAUUAAUAAAUAAUUAUAUUUAGAAUAGCUUAUAGUAGAAGGUAAGUAUUAAAUAGCUUGCUUUAUAAUAAACUUAAGAUUUUGUCUUUAAUUAAAAUCUUUUAAAUUAACUAAUUCCUUAAGUUGAAGUGAUUGAAUAAUAAAUACAACAUAUAAAGUAGGCAAAAUAUUAUCGAAUUCCUGAUUAAUAAGAGAUUAAAAAUAAAGCUAUGUAUAUGUUAAAUUUAUUNAAUCUCAUAUUAAGAAAUAUCAAAGAAAUUUUACUUUAAAUAAUAUUUAUAGGUUUGACUAUGAACUUAAAGAUUGAUUUCUUAUUUUAUUUUAUUUUAUUUUAUUUUAUAUCCAUAACUACUGAUUUUUUUUCUUCUUUAAAAAAUAUACAUUCUACUUUUGUUAACGCCUUAUAUUUAUCUAUUUGA